AGAACAAAGCCACAAAACCGGAAACUCCACGCGCCACACCAGGAAGUAUGUAAUAGGAAGCGCGAGGAAUAACAGAAACACGUGGGCUAUCCAGAGACCCGUGAACACGUGACCCGAGGACUCACUAUGACCAUUGUGAUCGGAUUUGAGGGGAGCGCUAACAAGAUCGGGGUAGGCAUAAUCAAAGAUGGCAUAGUUCUAAGCAACCCAAGAAGAACAUACAUUACCCCUCCAGGACAAGGCUUCCUGCCAAGUGACACAGCACGUCAUCAUCGCUCAUGUAUUCUGGAUGUUUUGGGGGAAGCUUUGGAGGAGGCUAAUAUACAACCACAAGAUAUAGACUGUGUGGCUUAUACAAAAGGACCUGGUAUGGGUGCACCCCUGCUCUCAGUGGCCAUUGUGGCUCGUACUGUAGCACAGCUAUGGAAGAAGCCCCUGCUUGGAGUUAACCACUGUGUUGGGCAUAUUGAGAUGGGACGGCUGAUCACAGGAGCAAAGAAUCCCACUGUACUGUAUGUGAGUGGAGGCAACACACAGGUUAUUGCAUAUUCAGAGCAUCGGUAUCGGAUAUUUGGUGAGACAAUAGACAUUGCAGUGGGGAAUUGUCUGGACCGCUUUGCUCGGGUACUAAAGAUCUCAAAUGACCCCAGUCCUGGUUAUAACAUUGAGCAGAUGGCUAAGAAAGGAAAGAAGUUUGUCGAGCUACCAUAUACUGUAAAAGGGAUGGAUGUGUCUUUUUCUGGCAUUUUGUCCUACACUGAGGACAUGGCUCACAAGAUGUUGACAACAGGAGACUGUACACCUGAGGAUCUCUGCUUCUCUUUACAGGAAACCCUUUUCUCCAUGUUAGUGGAAAUAACAGAAAGAGCAAUGGCCCACUGUGGAUCACAGGAAGUGCUAAUUGUAGGCGGGGUUGGAUGUAACAUACGUUUACAGGAGAUGAUGGAAGUGAUGUGUAAGGAAAGAAGUGCUAAACUCUUUGCCACAGAUGAAAGGUUCUGUAUAGAUAACGGUGCAAUGAUUGCUCAGGCGGGGUGGGAGAUGUUCCGCUCUGGAAAUGUCACUCCUCUGAACGACUCCUGGAUAACUCAGCGGUAUCGAACUGAUGAAGUGGAGGUGACAUGGCGAGACUAAACUAAACAACGUACUGUGGAAAAAAAGGAGGGGAAAAAAGACUGUCUUCUAUGAAGAACUUCAUCUUCUCUUUGGCUAGUAACAAUAAUUUUUUUGCCCAAAAAAUACUUAAUUGAUCAUGUACAAAGUAUAUUAGCAAUUAAAUGCUGAAUUGCAAAAGAUGUGCAUACAAAAUAAAUGUUUUAAACAAUUUA